GAACUCUCGCGAGAUUAGACGUGUGACGUCAGAAUCAGCAUGGAACCAGAAUGCCGGGAGCUGGACGUUAAAGUGGUACUGCGGGGAGUUUAGUCAGGCAUUGGUCUCGCGGGGAGGCUUAGGGAGAAGCAGCCGCAGUAUUUGCUGUAAGAUGGCUGAGAGCAGCGAGCACAGUACUGAAGAAGAAGAUGAAGAGGAUAUAGAGCAGGGGCAAGUUGUGGGGCUUCAACUACCGGUGCCAAGAAGGAAACCCCAAGGGUACAACUCAAAAAAACCCAAUUUCCGUCAGACAAUAGACCUGUGCUUCUGCCUCCUUCAUGAAGCCGUAGUGAAGAGCCAGUGGGAGAAAGCGGCGGAGCUAAUGCUGAGCUAUCUGCAGACUCUUGAAGAUACAAACACCGAGAGGCAGCGAAGAGCUCCAGAGAUCAUUUGGAGAUUUGGCAGUGAGAUCCUUCUAAAUCACCCUAAAAGUACAGUGGAAGAUGUCCGCUUGUUCCAAGAACAAAUAAAGAAUGUCGGCAUAAAAAGCUACCUCCAGAUAAGCCUAGAACAUAUCUUUUUUCUGCUGUGUAAUGGCGGGAAGGAUGAAGCUCAUCUAGCCUUGACUAGUGCUGAAAGCUGGAAGUGUGGCCGCUACUCGCUCUGCCAGGAGAACACGAUCAAGCUCAUUCAGGCGUACAAAGGAGUUCUAGACUACCAGUCUUGGCUGCAAAAGAAGGCGGCAAUUUCUCAGGGAGAUAUGAGUUAUGCAACCCAGUUAAAUGCCGUGAAGGAAAUGUGUAUCUUCCAUCAACAAGCGAAGGCUGCUCUUCGAGGAAUUCUUAAGUUUCCUGGUGUUUGGGACCCAUUUGUCCUGUGCUACAUCGAUCUUUUAGAAUCUUCUGAAGACAAGGCAGAGAUGGAACAGAUCCUGAGGGACUAUGCAUAUAAUCCUGCGUUCCCUGCCAAUCCCAAUGCAUACGUGUACUUGUAUGAGUUUCUGAAAAGGAAUGAGGCCUCAAGCGAAGCUCUCAUAAAUGUCUUAAAGGAUUUGUACUCUAGGGUUCCAUCUCACAAACUCAUGCUGGAAUUCUGCACCCUCCUCAAGCAAUCCGAGUCCAAUGAUCAUCAUCAGCUCGCACUGCAAGUUCUGUUCAGUCUCCUGGAUUUUUCCGGUUGGAGGAAGAGCGUGGAAGCUUGGGGGAAAAUAGGAAAGCAGCUCAAGAAAAGUAUUAAAAGUCACAAGUCGUGGAUUGAGGAUCAGUGGCGAUCGAGACGAGACUGGUGGCCUGUAUAUCAUUUCACGAAGUUCCACGCGGAAAAAGAAUGGAAAGAAAGACCAAAACUGGCCAUGAAGAAAGCCUUGACUGCUGGGAUAUUAUUAGGACCAGGCUGUGAAUAUUAUGAGGUUGUUUGUGGCCUUGGAAGAAAGAACAAGAUGAUAAAGGUGAGAGCAAUGAAGAAGUUUCUGAAGAAUCACAGCUGUUCCUUUUUGGAAUGAACGACCCAGCGCCAGAUUGUAUUCUGUCCUGUACGUGUCCCGAAAACUACAGCUGCUUCUUUGUGGAAGAACAUUUGGAAGCUCGGGUUUCCUGCCUGCAGGGUGUAUAAGCCAUUCAACACUCUAUGUGCUUAUUUCAUGCUGCAGAGGGAAAAUGAUUCAUUAUUCAGGUUUAAUGUCAGUAUGUCACUCACUACAUCAUACUAAAAGUUAACUCAAAGGUGAACAACCCCUUUAA